AUGUCAACAACGCCAAAUGAGACGUUGAGUGGUAAAACACUUAACGGUCAACACUCUCACCAUGGCCAUCAUCGUGCGAGACGUAUACGUAAUUUCGUGCUACCUAAUGGGAGAGAAGUUCAUAUCGCGUUGUCACCAGAAGAAGCAGAGACACUUCGUCAACGGCUCGAAGCAGUCCGCGGCGAAGAUGAACCUUUCGAUCUGGUAAUUAGCGGGUCUCCAGAACAUCUAGAAGCUUUGCGAGAAGCUCACGGUCACCAUGAACGGAAACGAGAAGCUCUAAAGGAGACUCAUGGCGCUGCUUAUGAUGAGUUUGAGAAUGUAAGGGCAGAGCUUGAGGCGUUGGGAAAUGAGUUGCAUAUGCUCACUGAUCAUUCUGUGGCCCUGGAUGCGAAUUUCAGCAAGUAUGGGUAUUCGGCGCAUCUCAGAACUUAUGACGAUGGGAGUCCUGCGGCGAGCUCGAGGAGUAGCAGUAUUAGUGGAUUUCAUGAUCCGGACCAUGAGAAGAAGGACUGGGAAAAAGAGAGGAGUAAUGGGACUGCUAUCAAGAUUUAUAAUAAGCCGGUCGUUCGUCAAUACUUCCAUAAAGGUCUGUUGUGGAGAGCUUCAGAGACCACCGAAGUUAUGUCAUUUGAACUGUUCGUUGACCUACUCUACGUUGGUAUCUUGGCCAUCAACGGAGACCAUGUAUCUGAAGACCCAAACGGGCACGAGCUGCUACGAUUCGUUAUUUGCUUCAUCAUGAGCUGGAAGAUUUGGAGCGACAUGGCACUUAUUGUUUCUUGGUUUGAAACAAACGACAUUAUGCAAAGACUUUCAAUACUUUUUAUCAUGGCCUGUCUUUUAGGUCUCACAACACAAAUGCUCAGCGCGUUCGAGGACACUUGGACGAUGCUGGUAGCUUUCUAUCUCACGGCACGUCUAUUUAUGGCGUCCUACCUCGUCCUCCUCAUGUUUCUCAUCCCGAUGAUCAGAAACAUGAUGAUAGUACAUGUUACCAUGACACUGAUUCCGUCGGCUCUCUGGAUUGGAAGCAUCUAUGUCGAAUAUCCAAAUCGUCUCAUUCUUGUCUGGAUAGCAAUAUUCAUAGAUCUAACAGGCUCAAUGUUUGCAAUCUUCUUCAUCAAAAUUUCGAAAAAGUUAUCUAAGAGACUAGGUGCUUGGUCGGAUAAAGUAUUCGAAUUCUACCCCGCCGUCAAUAUCGAGCACAAAGUCGAGCGUACGAAUGCUUUUGUCACGUUGGUGUUUGGUUACUCUGUCGUUGCAAUCAUCUAUCAAAGCUCUUCCCAUUACGGAUUGAAUGCCUUUUUUGGAAAAGCAGUUUUGGGUCUUAUCCAAGCGUUCUGCUUUAAUUGGAUAUAUUUCGAAAUCGACGGCAUGGAUCUCUUCUCUCACGCAAUCCGAAGAAACGUCACAUCUGCCAUGCUCUGGAGUUCCGUCCACCUCCCCUUCAUCAUGGCCUACGUCCUGGGCGCCGCCGCCCUCUCGAAACUCGUCGUCGCUCACGACUGCGCAGACGCUGACCCGCACGAUCUCACUCAUUUCUACGAAGAAAAAUCCGAAGAACACAUCCCCGUCGGCCUCCGCUGGUUCUACUGCGGCGGCUUCGCCAUUGCUCUCGCUGGCAUGGCAGUCAUCUCUCUCUGCCAUAUUCACAAGGACAGUGCGAAAGGCAUUCGAAUCCUCAAACGCUAUCGUCUCAUCAACCGCUGCUGCGUCUGUAUUAUCCUGCUUCUCUUACCGCUGAGCGAACACUUGAGUAGUUUACAACUCGUUAGUAUUGUGACGGGUUUGUUGGUCUGGGUGUUACUCAUGGAGCUCUGGGGCGUGAGUUGUCCGGAAGAUACGUGGUUCGGACAGGAGGGCGGGAAGUGCAAGUAUAUUGCGAAGUGUAGGAUUAGUAAGAGGGAUUUGGAGAGUGCGGUUAAGGGGGGGCAGGUUAUUAAGGUGGAGGAGCUGAAGGAUCGGGGGGAGAAGGGGGGGAUGUAUGAGGUUGCUUGA